CUGCUCUUUCGUCCCUCGCUGUACACGCGGUGGUCUCUGACGAUGGACUAGGUGGUGUUAACCCUUAACCGACCGGCGGCUGAGCUCUCGAGAUCUGCAGAACACCCCCUUACAGAAGAAGCCUGUUCCGGGAGCCACUGGUCCCCAUCCCUCAACAAUCGGCUGUCGGCUGCGGUCCGGGACAUGGAAUCGAGCGCGAACAGGACGGAGAACGGCAGCGUACGGGCAGGUCUCGGCAGCGGCUUCAAUCUGACCGGCGAGGAGAGCCCCCCGUUCCUGACCGACGCUUGGCUCGUUCCCCUCUUCUUCGCCCUGCUGAUGUUGGUGGGGCUGGUGGGGAACUCGUUGGUGGUGUUUGUGGUGAGAACCCGGAGGAAGCUCUGGACGGCGACCAACUGCUACAUCGUUAAUUUGGCAAUUACGGACAUCAUUUUCCUGGUUUGCUGUGUGCCGUUUACAGCCACUCUGUACCCCCUUCCCAGCUGGAUCUUUGGAGACUUUAUGUGCAAAUUCGUCAACUACCUACAGCAGGUCACUGUCCAGGCCACCUGUAUAACACUAAUGGCCAUGAGCUUGGAUCGCUGUUACGCCAUGGCCUACCCACUUCAGUCACUGCGCCACCGCACCCCCCGUCUGGUGAUGGUGGUAAGCAUGGUGAUCUGGAUCGGUUCCUUCGUUCUGUCUGUUCCCAUGGCUCUGUACCACAGGACAGCAAAGGGCUAUUGGUAUGGUCUUCAGACGUACUGCAUCGAAGCAUUCCCCACAGAGUCCCAGCAGAAAGCCUUCAUCAUCUACACCUUCCUUGCUGCCUACCUCCUGCCUCUGGGCACCAUCUGCGUGUGCUACACCAUCAUGCUACAGAGGGUGGGCCGCCCAGUUGUCAGACCCGUUGAUGGCAGUUAUCAGAAAGUACAUCAUUUGUCAGAGAGGUCAAUGGCCAUGAGGGCGAAAGUCACAAAGAUGGUGGUGGUGAUUGUGCUCUUGUUCACUGUGUGUUGGGGCCCCAUCCAGGUCUUCGUCCUCUUUCAAGGCUUCUACACUGGUUUCCAGGUCAACCUUGAGACCUACAAAAUCAAAACGUGGGCUAACUGCAUGUCUUAUGCCAACUCUUCCAUCAAUCCAAUCAUCUACACAUUCAUGGGUGAGAAUUUCAGGAGAUCCUUCAGAAAAGCAUUCCCCUUCAUGUUUAAGCAACGGGUCAGAGAUGGCACCUUUACCAGCGGCUCCAGGAAUGCCAAGGUGAAGUUUGUCACCGAGGAAUCGUAAGUUCUUCAGAGUUGACAAGUGACUUGAGAAGAAUUGAACCCUUCAUUAAAACUCUAUGAAUCUUUGAAUUCAUAGAAUUGAAUCUUAAGAGUACUCUUAAAAAGUUUUUUCAAAAAAUUUCCCAUUGAUGAUCUGCCAAACGAAUGUUAUUUGGGAAGAGGACACCAUUCAAUCCAUUGAGUCAGUUCUGUUGGAGUGUUCUCCAGUCUCACACCAUGAACCUAUUAUGAUUAAUACUAUGUAUUCUUUGUUCCCACAUCCAUUUCUAUACAAAUAUGCAAUACUGUCGUGGAUAUACUAUAAAUUACUGCCCAUCCCUGAUGCCCUGGAAUGUUUUAUGCCGACUACUUUGACAAGUUAUGAAUGGGACUUCAAUUAAUCUUAAGUUGAAGCCCAACAGGCGGAAACCUGGAUACUGGAGGCCUGAAGAGGAGUUGGAGGACUGCCCAUGUGGGUGGGAGGGAGGAGAGGGUCUCAUUUCAUUAUUGUGUUCUGUGUUGUUCUGCUGAGCAUUGUGGGCAUGUUAUGUUGGCACAGGAAUGUAAGAUGACACUUGUGGCUACCCCAGCACAUCCCUAGGUGUGCCGGUUGUUAGCACAGACGAUGCAUUUCAGUGUACAUGUGAUAAAUAAAUCUGAAUCUGAGUACUUGUCACUGGCACCAGAAUCUUGCGACUACCCUAUCUGCCAGUGUGGAGUACAAUCUACUAGCUCAGCUCUUCAGUAUUCCGCCUGGACAGGCUCAACUCCCUGGACUGAAGAUGGGCCCCAUGACCAAGCCAGAGAGACCCACUGAGACAACUGGUAAAUUUGCAUCAGGUCAGAGUACAUUGAACAUAGAACAUCACAGCACAAUAACACACACAAAAUGCUGGAGGAUCUCAGAAAGCUAGGUAGUAUCUAUGGAAAGCAACAAAGAGUUGACAUUUUGGGCUAAGGCCCUUCUUUAUUUCUCUACUUAGAGGCUGCCUGACCUGCUUAGUUCCUCUAGCAUUUUAUAUGUGUUGCUCUGGAUUUCCAGCAACUGCAGAAUCCCUUGUACAUUACGGCAGCAUACAGACC